AUGACGUAUUGGUCCCCCCUUCCAUUCUCUUUUCCUAUUUGAAACACAAUCCCUUCUUGUAUUUUCCGGCCUUAAAAUCCGUUGAAAUAUAACGACUUGAUUUUUGAAGAAAUCACCGAUUUUUUUAAUUAAUUGAAUAUGAGAGAAAGGAAAUCGGUGAAAUUUAAUCUUCAACAGCAGCAGCAGCAGGAGGAUCAGAACGGUCAUUUAUCUCCGUUUAAGUUAGAGAAACUAUUUGAUCCAGAUGCUUCUUGGGACAAGGAUCAACUGGGAGAUGUAUUGCAUUGGAUUAGACAAGCAUUGGCACUUGUAUGUGGACUGCUAUGGGGUGCCAUUCCCUUAGUUGGAGGCAUUUGGUUUCUCCUGUUUGUGGUUUUAUCCUCUGGGAUUAUAUACGGUUAUUACGCUUUUAUACUAAAAAUCGACGAAGAAGAUUUUGGUGGACAUGGAGCUCUACUUCAGGAGGGGCUCUUUGCUUCAGUAUCACUUUUUCUGCUUGCUUGGAUCCUAGUAUAUAGUUUGGCACAUUUCUGAUCGGCAACACAAGUCCCGACUUGGAUCUUCUAGCCUUUUUCUCUCUUUUAGCAGAAUGAUAAUUGAUUUGUUUAGAUUUAGACGUUAUGAGGCGAAACCUGUGCUUUGCAAACGUUCAGGAAGUUCAAAAUCGAAUUUUGUCAUAUUUGUUGCACUAAUUUUUUAGUGGGCAAAACUAGUCUGCAGUCUUUAUUUUUCAUCCUUGGACCUUUCAUUUCUUCGUUUGCUCCUAUUUAUAUAAUCAUGUUUCUUUAUUUA